CCCGGUAUGAUCAACGGAAGGAAUCAAACUGUUUACUGUGAUAUGGAGAAAUACGGAGGCGGCUGGACGGUUAUACAGAGACGAGUAAUAAGCGACAACAUCGACUUUUAUCGCUCCUGGGAAGAGUAUAGAGUCGGGUUUGGAAAUAGGAGCCUUAGCUUUUGGAUUGGUUUAGACAACAUGCACAGCAUUACCAACACUGCUAACUACGAACUCAGUAUAGAGUACAUGGAAUGUUACGAAAAUACAACGAAAGAAGCAAGAUAUACAUCCUUUAAAGUUGGCUCAGCGGCCAUUGAUUAUACCCUGGCGAUAUCUGACAGAAUCAACACAAAUGACAAGGAUGGAAUGAAAGGUAGUAAUGGAAGGCCAUUCUCAACAUACGAUGUUGACAAUGAUUCGGGUACAUCAACAUGCGCAGUUAAAAGACACUCUGGAUGGUGGUUCGAAAGUUGUGUCGGUUUGUCUAACCUUAACGGAAAGUUAGAUCCAUGCAGUGAAACCACAUUGAAGUCGGUCUAUUGGUAUGGUCGCCGUGAGGGCUUAGUUGGCAUAACUUUUGUGGAAAUGAAAAUUCGAAGAAAUUCUUAAACGAUAAUGCAACCUUUGCAUAAAUUAGAUCGUGGUAAAAUG